UCCAGAUGUGGUGACAAAGCAAAUGAAGCCAAGCACGGACGGCGCUGACGACUUCAGCCCCGUGUCAGCGAGCCAGACUGACGAACUAGCAGCAGAAAGCGUUAAUGACAAAGACCACAAUAACCCAUUUAACAUAGAUCGGCCCGACGCUGCGGACAAAGAGGUGAAAUCAACCCUGAGCAAUAACCAUCUAUCCCAGUUAGGAGGCCAUAAUGAAAGAAGCACUCAGCCCACCCACAGGACUGAACAGGCUCAGCCGCUCCUGCCUGUUCCCAGCGACUUGGCCUCGUUUGAGCCCGAUCCAAAUGAUGGCGCUGAGAGCGCAGCAUUUCCUGAGCCAGAUGACUUGGUGCCUGAAAUGCCCCAAAUAAAUGCUAAUUACGCGAUGACCCGUGCUUAUUUGGAGGCAGGGAGCGUUGCAGCGGAAAUACCUGGAAGGCAAAACGUUGGCGACAGCGCUGUUGCUGUUCCACAGAGUGGUUCCAGAAGUGAUCUAAAGGUUUCCAAUACGUCCACACAGCAGCCUGGCAACCAGGUAUCGGACGCUGCAUCUGAACUUCAGAUAAUCACUACCACGGACAAUGACUUUGUGUCUCUGGCCGCUCGGAUAGAUGGUCCCAAACCCAGAGAAUCUCAGGAAUUAGAGCUGACGAGUGAGAAAGCUACUGGGAAGUCUUUCCCGGUUGGACGUGCUGAGCGUAGGGUAUGGAUCAAUAGAACAUCUGGGCCUGGGCACAGAACAUCUGCCCCACCCGGCGCCCCGGCAGCGACACAUCCUGUUACUGUGCAUCGGUUCAACGGUGGGCCACAGGACGGGAAACAUGCAGAACCUGGAAAGGGGACACCACCAUCUGCCAAAGUCAGCGGUGCCGCGGUUUCACCGGUCACCAGGACAUCUGAUGUCGCCACUGUUGAUAGGUUUACGAGAGAAAAUGCCACGAGGACGACAGAUAAACCUUCAGCAAAAACACUGGGGGCCUUUGUUGAUGUGGGCCGUUUGACACGCGAGACCGCAGAGAAAACUAGACAAAGACGCUCUCACACAGAAGCUCAAAGGUUUAAUACAACGGAGGCGACACUGCUCGACUGGACUCCGCUCACCGAGACCAACGGGGAAACACAAACAAGGGUGGGGGCGGAAGAGGGUGACGGCGCCCAAAGCGCCGUGAGGUCAGUGAACGCGACACCAGUUCAAGAGUCUGGGCGCAGGCUGUUACUGGAGCCAGGACCUGAGCCGGAGCUGCCAGCACUGAAGCACAGGAGACGGACCCCACCUCAUCUGUAUCUCUCUGGUGUGACAGAGGUUACAGAGGACCUGUGUGGCAGUGGAAACUACACAGCGGAGAUGAGUCUGAACCUGGGCAGAGACGUGGAACCCGGCGACGCUGUGCCGGUUCUGGGGAACCUCCGAGUCAGCAUCAACCUGAAGACCAACAGCAGCCUGAUCAACCUGGAGGUCACCUCCUGCUGCCUGUCCCCGACCGUGCAGCCUGACCUCACCAGCUCCACCUGCUGCCUCUUCUCCAGGUUAGCAGCCGAGCCAGUGGGGAUCACGCUGCUGCCCAGCGCCUUGUCAACCAGUGCCAGCUUCACCAUCAGUCUCUUCCAAAUGAUUAAUUACUCGGCGGUGUACUUACACUGCGAUCUGAGCGUCUGCCUGAGGAACCGCUCCGACUGCGAAAGGGAGUGCCCCGAGCGGCGCAGUGCGUUUCCCGCGGAGGGUCCAGAUGCUAUUGUUACCAAUCUCAGAAAUCGCAUAUCCUUCGGUCCCAUGUUGAAAGAAGUGAGGAAUGCCACCUUCCUGGAGGAGAUAGGGCCGUCCGAGCUGGACCUGGCUCUGGUCAUCGUCAGCCUGGUGGUGGGCUCCGGCCUCGUCACCGCCGCGCUGCUGCUGGUCUGGCUGGCCUACCGGCGCCGGGCCAUCUGGCCCCUCCGCCCCGCGGCUGCACCGCCGGCCGCCUGCUGCAGCUGCAUGCGCCCGGGGGGCGAGCGCGUCCUGCCGUGACCGCGGAGGAGCUGCCCGGCGACUCCGCCGAUCACGUCCUCCGCGAAAUAGCCGCAGACAAUUGCAUUAGUCAGCAGACAGUAGAGCAGUCGAUCGCAUUAGCCACAGAGCAGGGGGCGGCCGGCAUGGGCCAGACUAGGCGAUGAAGAGAAAUCCAAUUCACACCUCCUCUCAUAGGUGACACAGCUGUUGCAGGCAAAUUUCACACUUAACCAAGAGCAGUCUAUUACCAUCCUCUGGAAAUAAACACCACCCCCACAUAGGAAAGCUGCUCUGAUCCCUUUAUUUACCAUGAGUGGCAACAAAUCAAUACUCUUUGUAUCCACCUUUGAGAUUGAUACUGUUAAUAGUGGUUUAAUAUAAUGUGUAUAUUUGUGCCUUGGCAGUUUUAUGAGCCCCUGCAGUAAACUGUGUAGACAUUAUGUAUCAAAUGGCUUAGGAGAGUUUAAUCCCAUUUAUUAUUAAUAGAAACACAUAAGAACCUCCUGCGAUGUUAGUUUGAACCAAUGCCAGCGCAUAAAUGGGCCAUUACUAUGAUUUUAUGAAUUAUACAAAACAUAUAAUCAUCUUCUUUCAUUUUAAAUGAAACUGUUACUAACUCUGACUUCAGUUCCUCCUUUGAACCCAUGACUUUUGCUGCUUUAGGUGCGCAGCUCAUAGUAGAAUCAAAGCUUUACCUAAUAAAAGUUGAAUGCAGCAGU